GUUACAUUUACAUUAUAAUCUCACACAUUUUAGUUUGCUUAUAAAUACUCUACUUCACUUCCCUUCUUCUCAUGCAAUAUUACUGUCAAUUGCUUCAGUGUUGAGUUAUAGCAGUUUCAAUGGAGUUCAAUCUCUUCCACUUCUUUGCACUUCUUUCUGUAGCAUUUGUGGCAAGCCAUGCAGCUCUGUCUUCUGAGGACUACUGGAGAUCAGUUUUACCCAACACUCCCAUGCCUAAGUCCAUUAGUGAACUAAUUCAGUCUCCUGAAUUUUUGGAUGACAAAAGCACCGCGGUGAAUGUGGGAAAGGGCAACGUGAAUGUCCACACAGGCAAGGGCGGAGGCACUAAUGUAAACGUCGGAAAGGGCAACGUAGGUGUCCACACAGGCAAGGGCGGGGGCACUAACGUACAUGUCGGAAAGGGCAACGUAGGUGUCAACACGGGCAAGGGAGGCACUAAUGUACAUGUCGGAAAGGGUUCAGGCGUCAGUGUCAACACUGGAAAGCCCGGAAAGCGUACUAAUGUUGGCGUUGGCAAGGGAGGCGUGGUUGUCCGAUCAGGACACAAGGGCAAGCCUGUUUAUGUUGGUGUCAAACCAGGCAAAAAUCCAUUUGUCUACAACUAUGCUGCCUCUGCAGAUCAGCUUCAUGAUAAUCCGAAUGUAGCCCUGUUUUUCGUCGAAAAAGAUUUACAUCAGGGAACAAACAUGAACCUGCAUUUCACCAAGUCCGCGACACCAGCAACUUUCUUGCCUAAGAAGGUUGCUGAUUCCAUUCCAUUCUCAUCCGAGAAGCUACCUGAGAUUUUGAGCAAAUUCUCCGUGGAAGAGAACACGUACGAGUCUGAGACAAUGAAGAAUACUAUCAGUGAAUGCGAAGCACCAGCAAUCAAAGGCGAAGAGAAGUACUGUGCAACUUCACUAGAGUCCAUGGUUGAUUUCACUACUUCUGAAUUAGGGAACAAAGUCAGCGCUGUGUCAACAGACGUCGAAAAGGAAAGUGAAUUGCAGAAGUACACAAUUGUCGGCUCCAAAAAAUUGGGGGAAAAGGCCGUGAUCUGUCACAAGCAAAACUACGCGUAUGCUGUGUUUUACUGCCACAAGACGAACAAUGUCAAGGCCUACACGGUCUCACUUGUUGGAAACGACGGGACAAAAGCUAAAGCAGCAGCUAUCUGUCACACAGAUACUUCGUCGUGGAAUCCAAAGCAUUUGGCGUUCCAGGUGCUCAAUGUUAAGCCCGGAAGUGUUCCUGUCUGCCAUUUUCUACCCGAGGAUCAUGUCGUCUGGGUUCCUCGCAGCUAAGUGGCAGUGCUAGAAUUCGUCGCUUGUUAGUUAUUACAGUUAUGCUUUGUGGAGUGCUGUAAGCCCCUAUCACACUAUAAUACCAUACUAUAUAUGCUUCUAUGUUAUAUAAGAAUGUAUUGUCUGCACCUUUCUACAUAUAAGGAUUGUACUCAUAAGAAGGCAUUCAUUCAUGAGCCAUUUGUAUAAAAUCUCGUUUCUUCCUGUU